AAAAUAAGCUGAUUUGACUUGGAAAGAAAAAAACUUGUGAAAUAGUUGGACAGUGAACUCAGUCGAUUGCGAAUCGCAUGUAUUACUGUGCUGCUUUAAGUGCUGGCAAUGGUGACAUGGUUGUCCAGAAAUGGCUGUCAAUCGGAAACCAUGUUUGCGACAUACACGAAGGUCACGGGGACUUGUUUCCAAAGUGCCUCCAUGGUCCAAUACAGAGGAUCUGGAUAAAGAAAGACUCAAAGGCGCAUAAGGAAUUACUGCUGGUCAUCGGAAACAAGCGCCUUCGCUCUGACAUUCGAAAGCUGUCACCAGCUGAACAGACUUCGAUGCUGGAGGCACAACACAAGGUGGUCUGCCAAUUUGCUCCAAAAUUUGUUAGCUUUUCAUAACCAGCUAUGAA